CUUGUGGUAAAAAUUACUAGGAAAUGAUUCAGUCUUCAGGACGAUUUGUCUGAAGUGGACCUUUCCAAAUAAUGGACUUUUAAAAAUUUUUGUUUUUAUUUUAUUUUAUUUUUAGCCUGUUUCCUAUUCCUAUUAAUCCUGGAGAAAAUACACUUUGGCCUGGAAAAAUGACUGUUUGCGCUCUGCCGCAGCGCUGCUCCAGCCGGGUGUGGCUCUCUGGCCGCCGGGAGCUGCCGCCUGUCCCUGCGUCGAGAAGCGCUCUUCUUCCUUGAAUUAUCCACGCGCUCUAGAGGGGAUAGACAGCAGGAUGGGGACUGUGGCAGAAAAGUGUUCCCUGCUGUAAGUAAAGAUCAAGUUCCUGACCACCUGAGGAGUGAGAUGCGUCCCCAGGUCCUGAGGGAAUCCUUGGUGUAGCUGCCAAUCGCCUCUCCAUGAUGUUUGAAAGGUCGUGGCCGUCAAGCGAAGUCCCAGGUGACAGGAAAAGGGAAACAUUGUACUCAUCUUUCAAAAGGGUAGAAAGGAAGAUCCUGGGAACAACUGCCCUGUCAGCCUUCCCCCUGUGCCUGGGAAGAUCAUGGAACAGAACCUCUCAGCAGCUCUGCUAGGGCACGAGGAGGACAGGGAGGAGAUUUGGGACAGCCAGCACGGCUGCACCAAGGGCCAGUCCUGCCUGCCCAGCCCAGGGGCCUUCCACGAUGGAGGGAUACAUCAGCGGGCACGGGAAGGGUUUUGUCUGGGCUUCUGUAAAGCCUUUGGCACAUUCCCCCACAACAUCCUUCUCUCAAAUUGGACAGAGAUGGGUUUGAUUGUUGCUCUCUUUGGUGGAUGAGGAUUGGCUGGACAGUUGCACCCAGAGGGUAGUGGUUGGUGUCUUGGCCUCCCAGUGGACAGCAGUGACAAGUGAUGAUCCUCUGAGGUCGGUACUGGGAGCAGGGCUAUUUACGGUCUUCAUUAAUGACAUAGAUCAAGGGAUCGAGCGCACCCUCAGCAAAUUUGCAGGUGACACCAAGCUGAGUGGUGUGGUUGAUAGUCCUGAAGGAUGGGAUGACAUCCAGAGGGACCUGGACAAGCUUGAGAAGUAGGCCAUGGGAAUCUCUUUAAUAAGACCAGCUGCAAGGUGCUGCACCUGUGUUGGAAGAACUCCCUGUGGCAGUCCAGGCUGGGGAUGAGCAGAAUGAGAGCAGCCCUGCCCAGAAGGACUUGAGGGUGCUGGUUGGAGAGAGGCUGGGCAUGAGCCAGCAAUGAGUGCUGCAGCACAGAAAACCAGCUCUGUCUUGGGCUGCAUCCAAAGCAGUGUGGCAGCAGGUGAGGGAGGGGAUUCUGCCCCUCUGCUCUGCUGGGACCCCACCUGCAGUGCUGCCCCCAGCUCUGGGGUCCCAGCACAGGAAGGACAGGGACCUGCUGGAUGAAGAUGGUGAGAGGAACACCUCUCUGGAACAUCUCUUCUACGAGGAAUGACUGAGAAAUUUGGAAUUGUUCAGCCUGGAGCAGAGAAGGUUCUGGGGAAAUCUCUUGCAGGUUUUCAGUACUUGAAGUGGCACCUACAAGAAAGAUAUGGACAAACUUAUCUGUUGUGAUGGGAGAAGGGGUGGUGGUUUUAAAUGAAGGGGUGUAACUUUUAGACCAGACAUAAGAAGCAUUUAACGAUGAAGGUGUUAAAACACUGGCUCAGGUUGCUCAGAGUGUGGCAGGUGGCUCAUCCCUGGGAAUAUUGAAAGUCAGGUAGAACUGGGCUCUGAGCAGCCUGACCUGGUUGAAGAUGUCACUGCUCAUUGCAGGGGAUGUGGACUAGGUGGCCUUUACAAGGUCCCUUCCAGCUCCAGCUGUUCUGAUUAUAUGAUUUAAAUAGCCUUCACUAGGAAAAAAUCAUAGUAAAGGGUGUGCAAGUAGAAAGAGGGAAAAAAAAAGGAAGCAUAAAGCAAAGUGAAAAUGCCUGGAUUUUAUAUUUAACCAGGGGAGUAUUAGAUAAACUAUAAGGUACUUUAUAUUGUCAUUUUAUAAGGAUUUUAACUUUCCUGAUGCUUCCUUACCUUUGAGACAUAUAUUCUGUCCCUUUGUAUCAGCAUGGCCCCUACAGUGGCAUGAGGUCCAAAAUUUACUUUAUUUAGGCUCUUAAGCUUUGGUCUUGAUGUGCUGAAAAUUUACAGAAAAUUACAUUCCCAUUUGAAGAUUUUCCUCACUUAAUGAAAGAGCAAUAUGACAACUUUCCCUUUUGACAGGAGGGGAAGCUGGCUUUAUACAUCUGUAAAUUUGAUCACUUUAUACAGGGCACGUGAAAGAAAGUUAUGUACUAAGGACAGAUGGAAAUGGAUGGACAUCAGGAAAAGGUGUGGCUCUCUUGAAGGAAAACGUAUGUAUUUCUAGUAGAUCUAAUGAGGCCAAGACACUGCUACAGUCAUCCAAAUAGAUUUGUUCAGCUCUGAUUUUACUGUCUUUCCUGAACCCGAACCUAAGGUUCUCCUGAUACUCCUGCAGCUGUACACACAGACAAUUUUUAGUUUUGCUUUGAGUGACUCCUCUAAGUACUGCUGGGUAAUGGCUCAUGUGUCCCAAAAGAUUCAUCCAGUGCAGGAUUGCACAAAGGUCUGUUCUUCUGUCAAUGGAUGAAUUGUAACAGACUUCUAUGCCUUUGUAACAGAAUCGUGAGCUCCUAAGACAAAGAAAGAAAACAAGAGAACUCUUUCAGAUUGUGAACAAACGUAAUCCAUGUCUAGCAGCUGAGAUUGUGUCCAAGCAGCCUCUGUACCAUCUGCAACAACUUUGUUUUGAGAGAGACUGAUAAACAGCAAAAAGAAAAAUAUUUUCCUUUUGUGUGAUCUCUGCUUUAUGAACAUUCUCAGAUCCAAGAUGGGUUGCGUGAGAAGAGCUGAGCUCAGCCAAGGAGCUGCUUUCAUAAAAGUUAACCAAACUGAAAGUGCAGCACGAUAAGCUAUUGUUGGGUGGACUUUUAAAAACAGGAAGGCAUUCUGCCAAGUUUAGUAACUGCAUGAGUGGCUCAGAUCUCAGAAGCACACAUCUCAGAGGAUGAGUGUUCUUAGUUCGGUUGCUUUGCUGACAAAGCAAGCUCACAGAUGGAAUCACAGUCCUACAAUAAAUCUGUCCUCUUGACAUUUCCCAUUGUUCUCUCCAAAGCCGUGGUAAAGGAGCGUGAAGAGUGUACAGUUCUGUGUUGAUGUAGAAGCAGAAACUCCAGUUCUGUCUCAGGUUCUCAAUGCAGGACUGCAUUAAUGAAUCAAAGAGAACUGUGGGAAUACAGCUAGAGAGCAGAACUGAGAGCACUGCUCAGCUCAUGACAGAAGUGGAUGUUAACUUUGGCAAUAGCUCAUGAAACUUCAUCUGGUUACAGCCAGCUCAGUGGGACUAUGUGUGUUUUCAUCAGGUUGGAGGAAUGAACCGGUGCGUGCACAAGCUCGCUGCAGCCUGGGAAACCCUGUGUAAGAAACAGUGUUAUGUUUUCUGUGCAUGUUUGUGAUCCCAGAGCCUCCUCUGGCAGCUGCCUCUGGAAGAUAAAGCUGAAAGCAUCCAGAUACAGAUAAUUCUUCAACUGAUAAACUAGAAAUAGGAAGAGUGCGAUCAAUCUCUCUCCCACUUUGCCAGCUCCCAUGUUUGAAGUUCAAGUAUCGAGUUACACUGUGACUGGGGACCGUGCAUCAUUCGUAUCCCACCAAUAGAUGCCUGAACAGGAAAACACAAGAUCCCAGGUGAUCCCAGACCUGUGGCGAAUCCCGACUGUACCAACAGUGGGCUUCAAGGAUUGCCGAGCACGGCCUUUCACAGCUGGCUAAGGAACAGGUUAGCCUUGCAAGUGGUCUGGAAAAUCUCCCCAUAAAAAUGGGCAAUAAUAUAAGCAAACUGGAAACUCUCCAUAAGGACUGUUUAUUGCAUAUUGUGGAGGAACAAGGCUAUAAAAUACAAGAAAGCAAGCUUAUACAACUCCUUAUAUGGGUGAAAACGCAUUGUCCUUGGUAUCCCCCCGACGGCUGCUAUGACCUCCAUCACUGGAAGCGAGUGGGGGAGUGUCUAAAGUCUCAUCAAUUAGACAGUCAUGAGGUUUACCCCGAUGAAUUCAUUGCAUGGCAGAUUGUUUAUUCUGCACUACAAGCUUUUCGCGAUUCGGAAGAAAUAUCACACCCAGCCGUAAAUUCAUCUGCAGACAAUUCCCAUGCACUCACAGCACCGCUUUCACGUCCUGAUUCAGUUGUUUUGCAAGUGGAGGAGGGAAUUAAUGGGGAGGAAUUAGAGGGUGAUCUUGUGAACCUAAGAGCUGUUGAUCUAAGACAGGAAUGUGAUUUAUAUCCUGCUACAAAGCCUCAGCCGCUGAAAGCUAUGGCUGCAUCACCAUCUACUGACACAAAGGUGCUAAAACAGCAGUCAUGUCCCCCACCCUACGAGCCCUUAAGACAUAUGACUGAUAAUGAACUUCUGCUGUCCCCUGAGCCAAAACACUUUUUAGACGCCUGCCGGAGACGAGCAUUAGAACAAGGGGAUGUUGAAUUGCUCCAUGCUAUGCCCACAGUCUAUCAAGGCAAUCAGCUUCAUCAUGAGCAAAUUUCUUAUGAAAUGGUUAAGGAAUUAAGAAAAUCUGUCAAAGAAAAUGGUUUGCAAUCUUCCUAUACAAUGGGAUUUGUAGAAGCUAUAGCAAAACACUAUGUUAUGUUGCCUGCCGACUGGAAAACUUUAUUUAAAUUGAUUAUGACAACAGGACAAUAUUCAGUAUGGUGGGCAGAGUAUGAAGAGUUAUGUGAAAAUCAAGCAUGGGCUAACAUGAACACUGGUAAUUCUGGGAUAACAAAGGAUCAUUUGGCAGGGACUAGAGCUCAGACAACCAUAAGAGAUCAAUUAAGGAUGCCCCCAGAGACGUAUAACCAAGUGAGGGAUCUGGCUAUAAGAGCUCUGGAAAGGGUGCCGGACAUUAACAGAGCUGAACAUGGCUUCUCCACCGUAUGGCAAGGACCCCAAGAACCCUAUAUUACUUUUAUCGAUCGCUUACAAACUGCUGUGAACAGGCAAAUUGAUUUACCAGAUGCAGCAGAAGUUUUAUUGAAAUCCUUAGCCUAUGAAAAUGCUAAUACUGACUGUCGUAAAGCACUUGAUCAAAUAAAAGACAAACCUGGUAUUUCCUUAACUGACUUUAUCAAAACUUGUGCACAUAUUGGUACAGAACAAUACAAAGCAGAUUUACUAGCGACUGCCUUGGCUAAACAGCUGCAGGUGGCUCGGGCAGCAAUUAAAUGCUUUGCCUGUGGAGAGGAAGGUCAUGUGAGAAAGAAGUGUUCAAAGAAUAAGCAAGGGAAUAAAAAACCUAGUAAAGUAUGCUCCAGAUGCAAGAAAGGUUAUCAUUGGAGUAAUGAAUGCCAUUCUAAGUAUGACAAAGACGGCAAACCUCUGCCACAAUGGCAAAAAUUGAAGGGUGGCACAAAAUCCAGCACCUCACAACAAAACAGGAUCCAGCCACAGCAAACCCACGCAGCUCAAGUUACAUUAGGAGAACCUCAGGCAGUUCCAGCUUGGACUUGGCAGUUUCCACCACAAGCACAAUAAGUGACAGACUCAUCAGUUCACCUUGCAACUACAGGCUCAAAUGGAGCCCUUCCAUUUAAAUGACAUGCAUUGCUACUUGGGAAAUCAUCAUCAUCUAAAAGUGGUAUUUGCAUUUCACUAGGAAUCAGCAACUCUGAUUCUAGGAGUGAAAUAAAUAUCAUAGCUUGGACUCCUAACCCACCUUGUACUAUCCCAGCAGGAUCAUGCAUGCAUUGCUCAGCUGAUACCACUCCCUGUACUGCCGGACAUGCAAUCAAUACCAUCUGUCAAUGCUGACAGGAACACUAGAGGUUUUGGGAGUACAGGCACUCCUAACAUUUGCUGGCCUAAACUUAUUUCAGUACAACAACCUUUUCUAACCUGUGUUAUAGACAGCAAGUCUUUUUCGGGAUUAACAGAUACUGGAGCAGACAACCAUCAUCAGCAAACGCGGCCACGCACACGGCCCUUAACAACUCCAGCAGGGAUCGUCACAGGCAUCGGAGUCAGCAGAUGCCACAGCAGUCAGCUAAAGAACUCACAGAGUAUGGGCCAGAGGGGGAACAAGCAUGUCUCAAACCGUAUGUGCUUUCUGCUGCAUGUAGACUUGGGGAAGAGAUCUGUUAUCGCAGUGGAAACUGAUAUUGACAGCAAAUUUUUAAAAGCUGUCACUGAUGAGCAGGCGAGACUUAAACUCACAUGGAACACAUACUCCUGUGUGGAUUGAUCAAUGGCCCCUCAGAGGGGAACAGCUGCAACAAGCACAAACACUGGUCAAAGAACAAUUAGAUCUGGGAAAUACAGUUCCUUCCACUAACCCAUGGAACACCCCAAUAUUUGUGACUCCAAAAAGGACUGGCAAGUGGGGACUCUUACAAGACCUGAGAGCUAUCAAUGCAGUAAUAGCCCCGAUGGGUGCACAGCAACCUGGAAUUCCUAAUCCAGCAAUGAUUCCUUAAACUUGGGAAUUGUUAAUUAUUGAUUUAAAAGACUGUUUUUUCACAGUUGUGUUACACGCUGAUGAUGCGGCUCACCUUGCUUUUUCAUUACCAUCCUUGAACAAUAGUGCAAGGCAUCAGUGGGUUGUGUUAUCACAAGGAAUGAAAACCAGUCCUACAAUAUGCUGGUUUGUGGUCACAAGUGCUUUACAGCUGGUGCAGCAGCAAUUUUCAGUGGUUCUAUUGUAUCAUACAGAAUAUAUACUGCUAGCAGCAGAUGACUCUGUUAUAUGGAAAAACUGUGUUGUCUUUUUGGGUCUUUCUCUUAACAAAUUUGGUCUUUGUAUUCCAGCAUACAAAAUUCAAAGUGUCCCGCCUUGGAAGUACCUAGGGUUUCUAUUAUUUGAACAGAAAAUUUUUCCUCCGCCCACUGUGCUGUAGACCUCCAUUAAAACAGUAAAUGAUUUGCAAAAAUGAUUAGGAACAAAGACCAUUCGGUUAAUGUUUGGCUCACAUUAACCAAAGAAAUUAACCAAUAUGCACUUUGAAAUGGGUCACUAGGACUGGUCAUGUAUAUACAAACCUGUCUGGUUGGCAUUUAAUCCUUUAAUGAAGGAUGAAUGGAACAAGUUGUAUACUCAAAAGUUGCACAUGUACAAUUCCAGGUGAGCGUAGAUCGUCAUGGUGGUGUUUGGGAUCAUGGCAAACUACUGCUGGCCAGUCUGUGGGAUGGUAUUUGGGCUAUGUUAAUACAGGUAUGAGAAAAGUAUAACCCCUGCUCUCUCACUGCAGCCUCAAGAACUGGAUGUACUAGGCUCUAUAAAAGCUCCUGUAUGUUCUUAUCUUAAUUACACUAACGAUCCAAGCACAGACAAGACAGAAGUCGAUAUAAGCAGCACUGGCAUUCACCAGUGCCUCUGCCGGGUGCAAUCUUACUGCUCCCUCACAAGUCACAACAGGGACCAAUGCAAUAACCCUGACCCGUAACAUAUUUUUAAUAUGUGGCAGCAGAGCAUGGAAAGGCAUUCCAGGUAAAGCAGUGGGAGGUCCUUGUACUCUUUGUCGUUUAACCAUGUUUCAUCCCAGUCUCAAAACUAAUUGGAUGCUAUGACACAGGCAAAAAAAACCUGAUGCUAAGUCAUUUGGCCCUGACUGUAACUCUGAGGUUGAGUUCCAGAAUCCUGCAAAGAGAGUUUUUAGUUCUUUAGUUGUCUCUGUUGAUACUGCACAUGCCUUGAACAUAAUUAAUAAACUAGGCUGUUGUCUUGUGAAGGAAAGUAGCCUGUCAGUAAUGCUUUAACAGGACUGUUAACAGAUGUUUCCUCUCUACAUCAUGCAACGCUGCAAUAUAGAACAACAAUAGACUUUUUAUUGUUAGCCCAGGGACACUGACGUGAAGACUUCGAUGGAAUGUGCUGUAUGACCCUGAGUGACCACUCUGAAUCCAUUCACAAAAGCAUCCAGGAACCGAAGGGACUGUCUGGAGAACUGCAGCACAACCUGGGAUGGGAUCCCUUUGGCCUAUUCUCCUGGUUGGGAAGUUUCAGUUUUGCAUCUUGGGUUAAGCACAUAAUUGAUUUAGAUAUAAUGGGACUUACAAUGCUUUUGGUGAUUAUGUUAUGUUUGCCACAUGUCUUUUCUUGUAUUCAACAGCUUAUCAAUCAGAACAUAAAGCAGAUAAUGCUUAUGCAGACACACACUCGCUUUGCAACGCUUAGUAAAUAAAAGGGGGAGAGAUGUGGGGAAAUAAAACAAAGAACACAUAGGAAUAAGAGAACGAAGACCGCUUGGUUAAGAACAAGGACUAUUCAGUCAAGGCAGGAGAGAUGUAACAAAGUUUCUAUAGUGUAACAGGUAGCAGAACCACUGUAGUUUGCAGAAAAAAAAAAAAAAAAAAAAAGUUAUACAAGCAUUUGUUUUAAGGAAGAAAUGCUGAUGUGAAUAUUAGGAGCAUGAUCGCUUACUUAUUGGUUAGCAGACACAGAACAGUUAUACUUACUGGCUAUCCAGGCGUGUGUUACUCUAACCUGAUAGUGAAAAUAUUAUAAAAGUUGUGCACGCUUUUAAUAAAUGUUUUCUGGUUAUACUGUGGUUGGGGACUGUGCAUCAUUCAUGUGCCACACCCACAUCCAGUGAAAUUCUGACAGGUUUGCUUAACUUGAGCAGAAUAUACUGUACUUGAGCUCCUAGUGAAGACAGAGGAAGUGUCAAUAAAAUAUCAGAUUAUAGGCACAUCCAAACAAAGGGUCCAGAUCUGCAACUUCAGUUCAGGUGUUGUGUCUGUAACAGGUAAGAUUUUUCUUCUGGUCAAAGGCACAGGAUCAGGCUCUCAUUUGUUUUGUUUAUUUUGAUAAGGUAGUGGAAUAAAGUAGUGAAAAAUCUAAAAUAUAUAUUAAAAUAUAAAUAAGGUAGUGGAAAAGCUAAAAUAUUUAUUCAGACUUUUUUAUUGCUCUUCCUUUUGGCCUUGCAUUAUAUUAUAUAUAAACUGGUUUGCUAUAGUCUUAUAAAAUGUUUCAAGCAAUACUUUGUUCAAGGCAAUAAAGUUAAGUUUGACAGCUGUCCUUGCCCAGAUUAUUACCACAAAAAUAGCACUGCUGCACUGUAUUUCUUGAUAUUAGAAGAUGUCUAAAUGACCAUUAGUGAAGAGCAUAGAAAUAGUAACUGAGCACAACUUUAAACCAACAGCAAUAAGAAAAAAAACUUUUAGUAAUUAAUAUAAAACAUUUUCUAAAGUAAAACAAAACUGUUUAAAAUAAUGUCUUUUAUUGUUAGCACUGAAAAUACUAUAUUUAUUUUAAGAACUGGUGGCUUAAUCAGCAUUGAAGGCAUGUUGCGAAGUGUUAGAAUAUAUUCUGUCAUCUGGCUCAGCUUUAGGCAAUUAUACAUGUAAAUAUAAUUACGAUGGUAUUUUAUUUUCAACAUAUUACUCUCAAGCUUGUGAUGAAUGAAUCUGCAAUGUGUUUUCUUGACACCUUUUUGAAGUGAAUUAAUCCAAUAUUAAUUUAUUUUAGAUGUGCCAGAAGCUUUGUCCUAUCGCUACUAAGUUGAAAUAGACAGCAGGAAAUGCAGGUCCCUUCCCAGCACUGCCAGAAUGCAUCUCUGUGUGUAUCCAGCAAUCUGGGUGAUAUGUUGACAGAAUG